GCCAAUUAGAGUUUAAAACACCUAUGCGCGCUCCUGGUCGACAAACAGAAGACGGAGAGAGUUGAAAAAUAAGCGCAAACAUUUAGCAAUCUGUAAAUUAGUACAUAUCAGAGCAUUAACUAGCUACACAAUGUCUGAAGAAAAGCCAAAGGAAGGAGUGAAGACUGAAAACGACCACAUCAACCUUAAGGUUGCAGGUCAAGAUGGGUCAGUAGUCCAGUUCAAAAUUAAAAGGCACACUCCGCUCAGCAAGCUGAUGAAGGCGUACUGCGAAAGACAGGGUUUGUCAAUUAGACAGAUACGGUUUAGGUUUGACGGACAGCCAAUCAACGAGACCGACACACCUGCACAGCUUGAGAUGGAAGAUGAGGAUACUAUUGAUGUAUUUCAACAACAGACUGGAGGAGGCUCCUUCCUCUCAGAGGCUUCUCUUAAAGGUGUAUGGACCCUCUGAGGACAGAAACACAGUUGAUGAGCAGCAACUUUUUUUUUUUUUAUUAAAUAAUGGUCCUGCUUUUUUUUGUGUGAUUGAUCUGCUCGUAGCCAUGGUCUUAUUCUUUUCGAGCUGGAUUUCAAUGCCACCAAUCCACAAAUGUCUUGUUUAUAUUCAUAUUGAGGAUGGACUAUAAACUGCUUGUUUUGGAGGAGAAUGUGUUUGUUUCACACACGGGACAAUGGGGAUGUGGGGGGUUCAACUCAUUCAGGCUUUGUCCCAACUGGCUCUCUAUUCCUCUUAUAGUGCUCUACACUAAACAAAGUAGGGUGCCAUUUGGGACACAUAUUAAAUCUACCAUAGGUUGAGGGACUUAGUGUUGAACAGGUCUCAUAAUAUGCAAAAUUAUAUUUUUUAUUUUUGUCUGCUGUUUUUAAGUACAUUUUGCAAAAUAUACAGUCCAAGUGAUCAAUUGUAAUUUUAAACCUGUACAAUGUGUUGAAGGAAUAUUGGUGAAUGGGGUGCUCUACUGCUGGUGCCAUUAGAUUGAAUUGCUUUGUGUCUCUGGAACAAAGGCUUUACUAAAGUGAACAGAAACGUCUAUGAUGGAAAAGAGUUUCAGGUCUAUUUUCAACAUCGCUUGAAAGAAUGCAACUUACCUUUCACAUGUCUGUUUGGUUUCUACCCCCUCACCCCUUCCACACAGAUUUAAGGGAAGUAGUUGAGCUCCUGGUUUUAGCCCAUCCCUCAAUCAAUAUUUUGUGACAAAAUAAAAGGGAAUCCACCAUGACUUCAACAACCUUUGACCUUUUUGUUUCUAAUCAGACUUGAUGAAUCUUCCCACCUGCCUUCAGACUGUUGUGGUGGACUUGAAUAGGCAGCAUGGGUCCACUAGUCCUUAUGUUGCUCUAAUGAUUUGUACAUUGUCUUUUACUACUGUAUACAAUAAAUAUAGUUUGGUACUCAG